AUGCCUAAGGAAAAGCCAACCGAUCAGCAUUUGCCCUGGGAUGGGAUCCGUUUUGAAGAUCGACCCAAUCAUCUGGAUCUUGUGGACGCACAUCUGAAGAGCUUCAAACAUACCGACGUGCAAGUCCACAUCGGAAACCAGGUGUUCGAUUGUCACCUCCUACUGCUGAAGUGUUUUUCCCAAGUUUUCGACGAAAUGGAAAACGUUCCAGCUGUAGUACUACCGGAGGAAAAAAUUACACCGGAAGCGUUCGAACUUAUCUACCAGUGGCUGUUAUCGCCAAGCCCGCGCCUUCAAAGAGAGCAUUUCGUUGCAGUAUUUGUUGCAGCGGAAUUCCUUCGUAUACCGGCAUUGUUGGAACACUGCUGGACCUGCGUGGACGACUCGAAAGCGCUGAUUGAAGACAGGGCAUUUUGUCUCUAUACGGAGGCAAAAUAUUUUCAGCACACGAUCUUGCAAAGCAUGAUGCUGAAAAGAAUAUGGAAAUACUUCCUGCCGCUGGUAGCAUCCGAAGGGUUUGUGGAACUCCCACCGAACGAUGUCUGCCUUUUGCUGAAGUCCAAUCACAUUGGAGUAUUCUCCGAAGUGGACGUUCUGCAUUCUGCUUGCUUAUGGCUGUUAAAUGAUUGGGAUUCCCGGUGCUUCCACAUAGGUGAACUGAUGAGUCUCGUUCGUUUCCCACGGAUGAGUCCAUCUUUGUUAUCCCGCUUAAUCAACUGCGAGGAAGACGAAAGAAUCCAUUGCAUUCUGAAUCACGAUUCUACAAAGAAGUUGGCUAUUCGUGCAUUGACAAAUUUAUGGUCAUUUCCCAAACCAGAACCCGUGAACACAAGCCGCACCGAGCACCGAAUGUGCAGAGGUGAUAACCGAUGCUGGUUGAUUGAUCCCUACACUGCGAAACAGGAGGAUGAAAUUGCAGGUUUCUCACCGCAUCGACAGGAACGAAGUUUCAUCGAAUUUCUUGAAUUCCUAAAACGACUGAUAGAAAACCCGGAAUGUUGGGUUGACUGGGCAAAAAUAUAA